AUGUCUUGGGAUCGACUGGCUGCCCUAAAGGAGGAGCGUGGCAUGAUCUUUAGACACUUACAUGAUUUUAAUCUUGCUAUGCUUGCAAAGCAAGGAUGUUGGUCUUGCGCAAAGGAACGAUCGAGACUUUUUACUGUCUAUAGUGCUUAUUUGCUACUGCAACAGCAAAAACCAAAAAAUCCAGGCCCCAAUAACCCUGGUUUUUGGCAAAAAUUAUGGCACUUGAAGAUCCCACCCAAAGUCAUUAACUUUUUAUGGCGUGCCAUCUCUGAAUGCCUUCCUACAUGUCUUAAUCUCGUCACCAAACAUGUGCAGCGUCGUUUGGUACUUAGUUUGAGCUCUGCUGCAAUCACUGAUAUUGGCCUAAUUUGUCAUGCUGCCAUGCUUUGUUGGGUGGUGUGCAAAGCCUGUAACCAAGCUGUUUGGGAUAAACGAACCUCCAUUGUAAAUGAUGUUAUAACUUCAGCUUCUGUUAAUUUUGACCAUUGGAAGAAGGCUCAGAAAAAUUCUACUCUAUUAUCAUUGUUGAUUGAAAAUAAUAGUGAUGGGUCUGAGUUUUGGAUAAAACCAAGUUUGAAUCAAAUCAACAUUAAUAUUGAUGGUGCUCUUUUUCAUCAAGAGUGUUCAUAUGGUUUUGGUUUAGUGGCAAGAGAUAGCUCAGGGAGGUUAAUAUAA